GAACUUGAAGGUUCAAAAACGUUCAAGAACUUGAAGGUUCAAAAAGUUUGAAGAACUUCAAUGUUCAAAAAGGUUCAAGAACUUCAAUAUUCAAAAAGUUUGAAGAUCUUCAAUGUUCAAAAAGGUUCAAGAACUUCAAUAUUCAAAAAGUUUGAAGACCUUCAAUGUUCAAAAAGUUUGAAGAAGUGCAAGGUUCAAAAAGGUUGAAGAACAAGUGGCAAACCAGUGAACGCCGAUAUUUUUCAUAUCUGAACGUCUCCACCUGUGUCACUCGAAUGGUGAAUCCACUUGACCGUAUCAUAAUUUGGUGAAAAAAUCGGCCUUGGAGCGAAUCGAUCGUAAAAUCUGGUAAAAGGCAAAGAAAAGCGUGGUCGAAACAAUAGAAAGAAGACGAUGCGUCGUUAUCGCGUCGCUAUCACGAUGUAGGUGUUCGAAACAUCGGGGAUCUCGCGCAGAAGCAAUGGAGCGUCCGGGACCAUGCGCGAGAAUGCCAGUUGGUGAUAUCAAACGAAGGACGUAGGUGGUGGAGGAGCCGCGUCGAAUCCAUCGGAUUUAGUUAAUGUCCAGCGGUCCGUGGACUCGGAUGUAGCACCGGCUGUCGAGCCAGCCAUGACAGAGAACCUACUUGUCUGAAUCUAUCAAACGUCUCCUUCAUCGUCCACGAAUCCAGUCCCAGUCGCGAUUAAUCGAUUCGACCAGUCGAACAACCUCGAAGAAACCUAAAAGUUUCGUCGUUGCGAGGCGGAUUCUUUUUUUGCGCGAAAAUUUUCGGAGCAUGCUCCCACCCUCUUUCCAUCGAUAAGUUCGAGGGCUCGAACGUAUCGAUCAUCGAUUUUUGACCCGGUGCGAAUUCGGGGAAGCUUUUUUGGAAAGGCGCAAAGAGUAGUCGACAGCCACGUGGACUCGGCUAAAUAGUUUCGAAGGCCGCGUUUUCAUCGCGCGAAAUUACUGAUCUUCGCGGGUUAGUGAACGAUAACGUCGCUUUAUGAGACACGGUGAAGCGUCUGCUUCGCGAUCGGGGGACCCCUGUCUCUCGUUCAUUGAUCGACCGAUCGACGUGAUCGUCAUCGUUCAGGCGAUCAGCUCGAUUAAAAUUCGAAGAACAAUCGAGCGGAGUAUUGAUAAAAGAUUGAAAGUCGAAGUGGCAGCGGUAACGACCAGGGGUAUUUAAUAAUUGAUUCGAGUGAAUCGGCUUUCUUGUAAAUUAUGGAGCAAGGACAAGACGCGAAAAUGGUGAAAAACACGGCGGACUACGUGAAGGCCAUGGAAAGUGGCGUUCAACCGACUCAGGCCGAAACAAAAGUUUACAAACGAAGAUGGCUAAUCCUGAUGAUCUUCGUGCUGUACAGUUCCAGCAACGCGAUGCAAUGGAUCCAAUACAGCAUCAUCGCGAACAUCGUGGUGGCAUAUUAUGGCGUGACCAGUUUUUUGGUGGACAUGACCAGCAUGAUAUACAUGAUCACGUAUAUACCUUUCAUAUUUCCAGCCAGCUAUCUGCUCGACAAGUUCGGCCUAAGAUUCGCCGUAGUAAGCGGAGCAGUCGGUACAGCGCUCGGUUCCUGGAUCAAAGUGUGCAGCGUGAAUCCAAAUCAUUUUUGGAUAACAUUCAUCGGGCAAACGGUUGUCGCAUUAAGUCAAACGUUUAUCCUAUCCGUACCAGCGCGUUUAGCAGCUGUUUGGUUUGGUCCGGAUCAGGUUAGCAGUGCGUGUAGCAUCGGCGUUUUCGGAAAUCAGCUGGGAAUAGCCAUGGGAUUUCUAUUUCCACCGAUGCUCGUUUCGAACAGUGAGGACCACAAUGUGAUUGGACGGGGAUUGCAAAUUAUGUUCUACAUCGUCGCUAUUUUUACCACCGUCAUUUUAGCCCUCAUUCUUAUCUUUUUCAAGUCUGAACCACCCCUGCCCCCAAGUCCAGCCCAGGCAGUCCAAAGAGAAGCAGAAUCCACGGAAAGUUUCUUCCAGUCAGUUAAGAAGCUAGUCACAAACGUUGGUUAUCUGUUGCUGUUACUCAGCUACGGUAUCAACGUCGGCGUUUUCUACGCCAUCAGCACUCUCUUGAAUCAGAUAGUGCUCGACUAUUUCCCGAAUCAUGAGAAAGAUGCUGGUCGAAUCGGUUUGACCAUCGUCUGCGCCGGAAUGUUAGGUUCAGUAGUGUGCGGUAUCGUCUUGGACAAAACGCACAAAUUUAAAGAGACAACGUUGGGAGUGUACCUCUUUUCUUUCCUUGGGAUGAUUGUGUUCACGUUCACUUUGGACACCGGUCGAAUAUACGUUAUUUACAUAACGGCAGGCCUAUUAGGAUUCUUCAUGACCGGUUAUCUACCCGUGGGCUUCGAGUUGGCUGCAGAGCUGACAUACCCGGAACCGGAAGGAACCUCAGCCGGUUUACUGAACGCAGUGUGUCAAGUGUUCGGUAUCGCCUUCACGAGCCUCUACGGAUGUACCAUGAACAUCUGGGGUAAUUUCUGGGCGAAUAUUGGCCUGUGUGUCACGCUCGCCCUCGGCUGCUUCCUCACGACCAUCAUUCCCAACGAUCUUCGAAGGCAGAAUGCCAAGUUUUAAUUCAAUCUUCCGGUUUGAUAUACGAAUUAGCAGGAACCUCCGUGGUCUAUGCGAGAGACCUUUCUAAACAGUUGCAAUUAUUUACUCCUCAAAAAUUAUUUACUCAGUAAAUAAUUGCAGAAGGUAAAAAUGAGCCAUUAAAAGCCAGUCUCUUCAGAUUUUAUUGUGGAACCACUGUAUUGUAUUCACAUGAUUCGCUUCUCUCAGACACGUUAUCACUGUCUAACUGUUAAGCUAUCGCCUCAUCAGACCUUGAUGAAUUCGUACCUUUAAAUAUAGAAAGAUUUCGAGUGAAUACAAUCAACCGGAAGACGAGUGAUAAAUGAGUGAUAAUGGUUCAAGAUCUGAAAUCGCGUUGGAAUAUUCCAUGAAGCUGUCACAUGUCAAAAUCGUUAAAUCUCUGACAUCAUUGCACAUCCGGUAAUAUUAUUGAUUGUUCAAAUUGCAAUGACUGUUAACAUCGUGGAAUGUUCCCAUAGCGUCUGGAUAACAUCCGCACACCUCAUCAAGAAAACACAAAGCAAAUUAAGCUUCAACAUAUUAUAGUUUUAAGUUAAGACUUUCGGCGCAGUAUUCGUAGGAUCAUUUAUUCUCUGUAUACAGUAUUAGUCUUAUUUGAAGAUUACCCUGAUAGGGUACAGAAAUGUCUAAAAUGUUUGCUUUUUUAUAAGCUUUGAGGUUUGGAUGAUGUUGAGAAUUCAGAGCUUUGAUUCGAUGCAAUAUGUGAUUACGUGUAGCGAUUACUGUGUGUGAGUUUUGUUGAUAUUAGGAAUUAUUGCGCAGAAUACGUGUAGAGAUUACUAUGAGAGUACGCUGUGUAAUUAUUGCGUUUGGUGACAUGAUGCGCGGCGGUUGCUAUGUAUUCGUUAAAUAUUACACAUUCCGAUUAUACUGGCAAUUACUAUGCGUUACGGUUACGUUUGAUCAUUAGCUGGUGAUGUAAUGCAUUACUGUACGUUUUAAAUAUUAUGCGCGUUAGAUUUUCACGCGCCAGAUACCUACGCGUUAGAUAUCCACGCGUUAGAUACCUACGCGUUAGAUAUUCACGUGUCAGAUAUCUACGCGUCAGGUAUUCACUCGUUAGAUAUUCACGCGUUAGAUAACCACGCGUCAGAUACCUACGCGUUCGACAUCUACGCGUCAGAUGUUCACUCGUUAGAUUUCCACACGUCAGAUAUCCUCUCGUUAGAUAUCCACGCGUUAGACAUCUACUCGUUAGAUGUCCACGUGUUAGAUAUCUAUGCGUUAGAUAAUCAUGCGUCAGAUACCUACUCGUUCGACAUCUACGCGUCAGAUGUUCACGCGUUAGAUAUCCACGCGUCAGAUAUGCACGCGUUCGACAUCCACUCGUUAGAUAUCCACGCGUUAGACAUCCACGCGGCAGAUACCCACGCGUUAGAUAUUCACGCGUCAGAUAUCUACGCGUUAGGUAUUCACUCGUUAGAUAUUCACGCGUCAGAUAUCUACGCGUUAGAUAACCACGCGUCAGAUACCUACGCGUUCGACAUCUACGCGUCAGAUGUUCACUCGUUAGAUUUCCACACGUCAGAUAUCCUCUCGUUAGAUAUCCACGCGUUAGACAUCUACUCGUUAGAUGUCCACGUGUUAGAUAUCUAUGCGUUAGAUAAUCAUGCGUCAGAUACCUACUCGUUCGACAUCUACGCGUCAGAUGUUCACGCGUUAGAUAUCCACGCGUCAGAUAUGCACGCGUUAGACAUCCACUCGUUAGAUAUCCACGCGUUAGACAUCCACUCGUUAGAUGUCCACGCGUUAGAUAUCCACGCGGCAGAUAUCCACGCGUUAGACAUCCACUCGUUAGAUAUCCACGCGUCAGAUAUGCACGCGUUAGACAUCCACGCGUUAAAUAUCCACGCGUAGUAUCACAUUGCGUGAUACACUCCCGCGUAGUAUCACCACGCAUAGAAUAUUCAAACUUUGAAUUGCCACGCAUGUAAUCGCUACGUAUGUAAUCACCUUGCGUUGCAUUACCACGUGUGAUGCCACACAUUCGCUACGCAUUCAAACGUAUAACUACGUAAUAACUACACGUUACUACGAAUAUUUCUACACGUGGCAUUAAUAUUGUGAUUACAAAAAUAAUUUGAUGCACACCAGUCACACAUGGUGAGCUAACUCGACUAACACGUGGUGAUCUCAUGGUAAUCUAAUACAUGAUAUUCGUCAUAGUAAUCCAAUACAUCACACGUGGCCAUAGAUAUAGCAACAGUACUGAAUCCUCUUCACCUAAAAUCACUCAAAACCCAGUACAGUGGUUCUGAAUCGAAGUUGUUAAGCGUUUCGUGAAAUCAGAAGUCUUUCACGAAGAUGUGACAGAAACGGUGAUAUCGACAAUAAUACUUUUAGAUUAGAUCCUACGCGAGGCGCGAUGCUAUGCAUCCGUUGACUCAUUCUCGUUACCUGUACGUGUUUUAAGCUAGAUGAUAGUGUUUCCUGUUUGAUCUUCAUGAAGAAUCAAGCCUAACAAACGGUGCUUCCCUGUUACUUUUGUCGUGAAUUCUAUCAGAGAUUUAACUCGGAAAUGUUGUUACGGUAUUCGAAUGUUAAAGCGUUUGAAAGGUUGCUCCUUUGCAACAGGACUGACUCGAAAGAUUUGUUUAGAAUACUAUUUUUUAAUUUCAAGGUGUCAUUAUGAUAAAGAGAAUAGAUUGUGAUAUUUCAAGUCGAUGUGUACGCUCUUAGCAGUCUUUCGAUAGGGGAAAAUUGAGGAUAUAUUUUGUCGAAGCAAUUUAGCGGCUCGGAAUGCGUGAAAUUAGCGAGGAAUUCAAUUUGCGAGCCGAGUCUUCGUUAAACUCGGUCGAUUACUAGCUCCAAGAGUGAUUAACUCGGUUUAUGUUUGAAAUUAGGUGAAACUGUUUUUUCAAAGCACGAACGUUCGAUUUGAGUAUUUUACAACGAAUUAUGUUAACAUUUGUUUCCACGUACAAAAUAAGUAUUAACGAACGACGCAAACGUUGUUUAUAUACAUACUAUUUUUAUAGCAACUACGGUUUGAUGUCUGAGCGAAUUAAUAUCUGGACUCUGCAGUGUGUUAAAUAUUUCUUGGAACAAAAUAUGCACACAUCAUUUUUACACUGUCAAAUGUAAUUUUUUUUUAAUACACUCGAGAUCCAGAUUGUCCUUGAAAGAAUUAUCAGGUCGUAAGCUUCCAAAGAAACAAGUUUUAUCGUUAGUCAAUUAAGAAGCGAAAGAUGUUUUAUGAACUACGGUGUUGAAUGUUUAAAAAAAUGUACAGAUAUAUGUAUAUGUUUACAAACAUGUACGAUAUAUUUCCUUAUACGUUGUUAAAGCAUAUCGAUAACGCUGGUCGAAUAUUAAACAAUACAAAGAAUUUUAAAUGUCGUUGAAUCAUGUAAGAAAAUUUAAUGGUGUUACAGGAUAGUUACCAUACCUCGAUGUAACGUGAAGACAAUAUAUGAACUGUUGACCCGCGUUAAAUCUGCAUUGUAAAAUAAUCUGCUGUGUUUAACAAUUGAAUAAUAAUCGCACGUGUUUUGAACGUGUUCAAACAGAAAAAGUUGGCAUUGAAAUAUCGGAAUAAUAGCAGAUUAUUUUACAAUGAUGUUCGAUUAAUUUUGCUGUAUCAGCAAUGUUUUUUAUUGAAACGUAAACACGACUCCAUUUUGUUCUGUCAAAGAGCUCGACUUCCGCUUUAUUCUUUUCUUUUUGUCAUUAAUUUUACUUCGACGCAUUUUUUCUGAUGAUUUAAAAGAAAGAAGAGGAUAAAGCGAAAACGGUGAAACGAAGUCUACGUUUACGUCUGUUUUGUAAAUAAAUUAUUUUUCUCCGUCGAACCUGGAGGCUUUGCGCAAAGAUCCGUUUAACGCGUGGCUAACAAAGAAAAGUAUCUGUGAUUGUUGACAAUAUCUGCUGUUUCAUUAACGUCUCAACGUGUAAAACAAUAAGAAAAUCCAAGAUUAACGAGCAAAUCGAGAUCGUCUAUACUGUGUAUGAUUGGUAGCGUGUAGUCUUGUGAAGAAAUCAAUAAAUUGAUAAAUAUUUA